ACCAAAGUAUAAUAAGAAGAGAGAGAGAGAGAGAGAGAGAGAGGGCAUUCUUCGCUUCAGCCUUGUCGUCACAAACUUCCCAACACAAGAAUGGCAGCGCGAUUCUUGUUUCGCGCUACCAAGAAGCUAGCUUUGGCUGCUCCAAUUGUGGGCGGCGGCGUGGCUGCGGCGGCGAUUUCCACCUCCGACGACCCCGCCACCGCCCUCAAGCUCUGCGCCACCGUCCCCCUCCGCGUCACCCGCCUCUCCCUCACCGCCGCCACCAUUGCUUUCGAUUAUGAAUAUUCACUGUGGGGUCUGCCAGAAGAUAGCAUUGAGAGAUCAAAAGUUAAACAUGAAGUCCACAACAGGAGUGCCCGUAAACUUGAAGAACUAUGCUUUAAAAAUGGGGGCAUAUAUAUUAAGCUUGGUCAGCAUAUUGGUCAGCUGGAAUACUUAGUACCUCAAGAGUAUGUCCUGAGAAUGAGGGAGUCUUUGUUGAAUAGAUGUCCAGUUUCUUCGUAUGAUCAAGUGUGUGAAGUGGUUAAGACAGAACUUGGUGGAAUGCCAGAUGAAAUUUUUUCCGAGUUUGAUCCUGUCCCAAUUGCAAGUGCUUCCCUUGCACAAGUUCACGUUGGUCGCACCCACGAUGGGCAAAAAGUUGCUGUGAAGGUUCAACACGCUCACAUGACGGAUACUGCGUCCGCAGAUUAUGCCACCGUGGAGUUAAUUGUUAACACCUUGCAUCGAUUUUUUCCUACUUUUGAUUACAGGUGGUUGGUCGAUGAAGUACACGAAAGUUUACCUCAGGAACUAGAUUUUUUGAUUGAGGCCAAGAACAGCGUAAAAUGUAUGGAUAACUUUCGGAAGUUAUCUCCUCAUAUUGCAGACUAUGUCUACGCCCCAAGGGUCUAUUGGAACUUUAGCACCUCAAAAUUGUUGACCAUGGAAUUUAUGGAUUGUGCUCAAGUAAAUGAUGUGAAGGAAAUUCGAAGACUUGGAAUUCAGCCGCACGAUGUAACAAAACUUGUUAGUCAAGUUUUUGCUGAAAUGAUGUUCAAACAUGGGUUUGUUCAUUGUGAUCCACAUGCUGCCAACUUGCUGGUUCGUCCACUGCCUCAAGGCAAGAGGAGCAUUCUUGGCAAGAGAAAACCGCAGUUGGUACUUCUAGACCAUGGAUUGUACAAGGAACUUGACUUCCCUACCAGAACCAACUAUGCUGCGCUCUGGAAGGCAUUGAUAUUUUCUGAUGCCUGUGGCAUAAAGGAAAACUGUGUGAAAUUGGGUGCUGGCGAGGAUCUAUAUGCAUUGUUUGCAGGUGUUCUUACAAUGAGACCUUGGAAUAGGGUCAUUGAUCCUGCUGUUGAUCAUCUGGCUCUACAAGGCGAUGACAAUGAUCGUUCAGAACUCCAGAUGUAUGCUUCUCAAUAUUUCCUUCAAAUCUCAGAGCUCCUAAGGAGACUUCCUCGUGUAAUUAUCCUAAUGUUGAAGACAAAUGACUGCUUACGUGCAGUUAAUAAUUCACUGCUGAAGGGAUCUUCUCUCGAGACGUUUUUGAUCAUUGGAAGAGUUUCUUCUGAGGCAGUCAUCGAGACAAAGUUGUUACAAAACAAGUCUUCCUUAUGGCGGAUAAAACUUUGGUUGGAGGAAUGGUUGUUAGAAGUGCGAUUGUUUGGAAUGCAAGUGGCCUUGUGGCUUUUACAACUCAGAAAAGCGUUGACCUUGUGAAGUAGUUAUCACAUAAGAGAUAUACUCAUUUUUUUCAGGCAAUACACUUAACAUAUUCAGGUAUAGUGUUGCAUUCUUUGUCUCAACUGCUCAGCUCUUCCCAUCCGGACACGAAUUUGAGCUUAUUAGAUUGAGAAACUGUUAUUUUUUCCCCACCAAAUAAUAGGGUAUAAUUUUUCCCCCUUUACUGAGCAAAUAUAUUCUUUACAUUGGAUACAUUAAAACAUCGUUAUGUUCACUGGCGAGUGAUAUUAUUUGGAAACCCCAUCAUUGGGUGGAGUAUACAUGUUACGGAAAAAAUUAUUUAUGGGGAUGUUGAAUGUAAUAAUAAAAAAUUAUUGAAGUUCUUUGUAUUGUUUUAUGAGCAAUGCUAGAUGUUUUUUCA